AUGCCAGCCCUGCGAGCAAGCCUUGUAGCUCUGAUACCCCUGCUACUGCAUCUCACCACCUCGACACAAGAUGACCUGCACUAUGUCAAUCCGCUCAUUGGGUCCACAGCCGGCGGCAACGUCUUUGCCGGCGCAAGCUUACCCUACGGCUUAGCCAAGCCCGUCGCCGACGUUGACGGCCAAAACACGGGCGGCUUCGCGACUGAUGGCAGCAAUGUCACUGGCUUCUCGCACAUGCAUGACAGUGGCACAGGCGGGAACCCAUCGAUGGGCCAAUUCCCCUUGUUUCCGCAGUACUGCCCUGACAAUGUCAUUGACAACUGCAAGUUUCCGAAGGGUGCGCGUGCGACGCAUUAUGUGAAUGACUCGGUCACGGCGCGGCCGGGUUAUUUUGCGCUCGAGCUGGUGAAUGGCAUCAAGGCCGAGAUGACGGCUGCCAGGCGCACAGCCUUGUAUCGCUUUACGUUUCCCGACGCCAGUGCGGAGAACGGAGAACGGUUAGAUCCGCUGAUUUUAUUGGAUUUGACGGAUCUCUGGGAUAGUCGACAGAACGCCAGCAUUACUAUUGACGCUGACUCGGGGCGUAUUCAGGGCAAUGGCACAUUCUUGCCCAGUUUCGGCGCGGGGUCCUAUCAAGCCUACUUCUGUGCGGAUUUCGCUGGGGCGAAGGUGUGUGACAGUGGAAUUUGGGUGAAUGAUCGUGCAGGGUCGGAGCCGAAGGAGCUGUUUGUUACGCGUGGCUUCAACAAUUUCUAUCUCCAGGCUGGCGGAUACAUCAGUUUUGAUCGACCCAACAAUGGAAUGGUGACUGUCCGAGUGGGUGUGAGCUACAUUAGCACCGACCAAGCUUGCUCCAAUGCGGAGUCAGAGGUCUCUGACCCUCUAAAUGAUUUCGAAACACUUGAAGAGGCUGCGAGGACUGCUUGGCGCGAGAAGCUCAGUCCCAUCAAGAUCACACCUGGCGGUGUGAGCCAUGGUUCGCUAAGCGCUUUCUGGAGCGGCAUAUACCGGACAAUGCUUUCGCCCCAGGAGAUGACGGGAGAAAAUCCAUUAUGGGAGAGUGAUGAGCCGUACUUCGACUCGUUCUACUGUCUCUGGGACGAGUUCCGGGCUCAGCUCCCAUUACUCACUGUCAUCGAUCCCCAGGCGCAGUCCAAGAUGGUCCGCAGUCUGCUUGACACGUUCAAGCACGAAGGCUGGCUACCUGAUUGCCGCAUGUCGUUGUGCAAAGGCUGGACACAAGGUGGUUCCAAUGCGGACGUGGUCCUCGCAGAUGCAUAUGUCAAGAACCUGACUGGAAUCGACUGGGAGCUAGCAUACAAGGCAAUGGUGAACGAUGCCGAAAAUGAACCGUUGGAGUGGUCCUAUGAAGGGCGCGGGGGCCUUCAGAGCUGGAAAAAGCUGCAUUACAUUCCCUACCUGGACUUCGACUAUUUGGGAUUCGGCACCAACUCACGCAGCGUCUCUCGAACUGUGGAGUAUGCUUACAAUGACCAUGGUAUUGCCCUUGUGGGCAAGGGACUCGGCACGACGGACUAUAUGACUUAUCUGUCUCGGGCGAGCAAUUGGAAGAACCUCUUCAAAGCGGACCAAAAGUCUUUUCUGGAAAAUGGAACUGACACCGGCUUCACGGGAUUUUUACAGCCUAGGCAUCUCAAUGGUACGUGGGGUUUCCAAGACCCGAUUGCCUGUAGUGCGUUAGCCUCGUGGUGCUCGUUGACUUCGAAUCCGUCAGAGACCUUUGAAUCGAGUAUCUGGGAGUAUCUUUUCUUCGUUCCUCAUGAUAUGGCUAGUCUGAUCAAGUUGCUUGGGGGCUCUGACUCUUUUGUGAAGAGACUAGACUACUUCCAUACAUCUGGCCUGGCCGACAUAAGCAACGAGCCUGUUUUCCUGACCGUAUACGAGUACCACUAUGCCGGUCGGCCAGCUCUGUCUGCCCAGCGAGCCCACAGCUAUAUUCCUAGAACUUUCAACGAAUCCAACAACGGCCUGCCUGGCAAUGACGACUCUGGCGCAAUGGGCUCAUUCCUCGCCUGGAGCAUGAUGGGACUGUUCCCCAAUCCCGGUCAAAAUGUCUACCUCAUCAGCCCACCAUUCUUCGAGGCAGUGGAAAUCACCCAUCCAGAGACUAAUAAGACUGCCACGAUUCGAAACACAAACUUCGAUUCCACCUAUCAGAACAUCUACAUCCAGAGUGCCAAACUGAAUGGGAAGCCCUACACCAAGAACUGGAUCGACCACGAGUUUUUCACCGAAGGUAUGACGCUCGAGUUGAUGCUCGGGGACAAGGAAAGCAACUGGGGUACAAGCAAGGAGGAUUUGCCUCCGAGCCUGAGUGAUGUACUUGCCCAGGAUGAGGUACAAUAG